UAAAUAAAAUAUAACACCAUGAAACACUGUUUGAUAUUUUUAGUUUGUUUUUUCGUUGGAGUUUUGGCCCAAGAAAACUUUAAAGAUGCCUUUUCAGCGUUAACCCCCGAACAAGGGGCAAAGUGCUUGACUGCUUCAGGGGUGGAUAUGAAGGAAAUUGAAUCUAUCAAAGAUAAAAUGGAAAACCCCUCUGAAAAUUUGCUUUGUUUUGCAAAAUGCAUGGCAGAAGAAGCAAAGUAUAUUAAUCCAGAUGGUACGGUUAAUCAUGAAGAAUUAAAAAAAAUAUCCUCCUAUAACCCAUGUAUGGCCAAUAUAGAGAGAAUAAGCUCUUGUUCUGAUAUACAGGCUUUUGAAAAAUGCACGUCAUAAUUGUUUUUGUUGUAGGUAUAGUUUUAAAUUGUAUUUUGUAGGUAUGUGGAUUAUAUAUUAAAAGAUCAUAUUAUUUUAAGUUUUUUAUUUACUAAUUAUAAAAUUAAAUCACAAAAUGUAUGUAAACCCAGCUUUACACUUCAAGGACAACAAUAAGAGAAAGACGCAUUCUAUUCAAUUUUUUUGCGGUUAUAUCUUUGAAUAAUCAUUUUCUCAAUAUUACUCCAUGGUAGUUCAACUAAGUGAGCCAAUGAAAAUCCAACUGUAAAACAGAUAAUCACAUUGGCGAGCGCUGAACCAACCUAAAAUUAAUAAAAACU